AUGGCCAGCAGCAGCAGCAGAAGCGGCCGCAGCAGCAGCAGCAGCAGCCCGCAGUUCGUGAGCCCCCGGGGUGUAUCGACAGAAGACAUCUCUGGCUUCUCUCCUCAGCAGCAAUACAUGCAAACCAUGGCCCCCAACCAGCAGCAGCAGCAGCAGCAGCAGCAGCAGAUGCUGCAGCAGCAGCAGCAGCAGGAUAUGGAGGAACGCCACUGGGUAGAUCAGCAGCAAUGGGAGCAGGAGCAGCAGCAGCAGCAGCUGCUUAUGCAGCAGCAGCAGCAGCAGCUAUACGGGAACCCAGAAUGGCAGCAGCAGCAGCAGCAGCAGCAGGACUACGCAGCAGCAGAAGCAGACUAUAUGACGCCUUUGGAUACAGAGAAGCUCAACCAGGCGGUGCUGCAGCACCUGCACCAGCAGCAGCAGCAGCAGCAGCAGCAGCAGCAGCAGCAGGAGACUGAAGACCUCAAUAAGAUGAUAGGAGAGGGAGAGUGGAGGCCCCCCCAGAGGGGCCCCUCCUGGGCAUACACCCGGGCCCUCUCAGGGUACACAGGUUUUGAGUCGAAGCAAGCAGCAGCAGCAGAAGCAGCAGCAGCAGCAGCAGCAGCAGGAGCUGAUGGGGAGCAGCAGCAGCAGCUGCAGCAGCAGCAAAGCGGCAUUCUGGCCAUCAACUCUGGGGUUAUUUAUUAG